AUGGCUUUUCGCUUGGGUGAAAUCCGUGCUGAUAUUUUUCAAAUUUAUCGAAAAGCGUGUAAAGAACCUACGAGCAUUUCGAGCACUCCCAACGUCACCAUAUAUAGUGAUCUACAUCGACACGUGUUGCACAAAGGUAUAAUGGAGAAACUAACUGUUUGGAAUCGUAUUGAGGAAGCAGUCACGAAACGAGAUCAAGCGAUGAAAAUGGGAUUGCCAUAUGAUGAGAGUUCUCAUUCUUCAGAUGAAAAACAGGCGUUUUCUGAACUUGGUCAUACGGAAAGUAAAAGAAGUUGCAGGAUGAACGCUCGAGCUGGGCAAGAAAUGAAACCCCAGGUCCAUUCAAAGAAGAGCAAAACGUCUCGAAAACCUAAAGCUCAAGUUAAAAAAGCUGAAAUCGAUCUUCUGAAUGAAGAAAACGACAGCCCAGUCCUCCAUUCAAUGGUUCCAGAAAAGAGAAUGAAAUGCGACACCGAGCAGACAAGUUCUCCACAUUCACCAGAACAAAUUGUGAAAUCGCCUGACUCGGCAUGCACGUUAAAAAUCGAAGAUUAG